AAUUAAAUCGACUAAGGAAAAAUCGAUGCACACUACGUUUUAACGAUCCGUCAUCAUCGUCGAUCUCGCAGGAGAGGAGAAGAUCCCAUUGCGGUUUUGUUGCUCUUCCUGCAUUCUUCCUCUUCUUUCUACCGGUUUGUUUGUGAAAAAGAAGAAAAAGGAGUUUUUUCUUGUGUGGGUAAAAGAGUGAGACCGCAGGUGAAUUUUAGUGCUGUCUAAAUGUUCCUUCCUGCGAGUGUUACCGAGAAGUUUGUCGGUACUUGGCCGCAGUUGUUGGCCGCAGUAUCAGGAACACUGUCAUGCAUAUCAGACGGCAUGCAAUACGGCUGGACCGCACCAGCGAUUCCAAAACUGUUAUCCGAACACAGUCCUGUAAAAGUGACCUCGGAUCAAGCAGAAUGGCUGGAGACGAUCUUAAUGCUCGGGGCAUGCUGCGGAUUACCGUUGACCAUGUACCUGGUGGACAAAAUCGGCAGAAAAGCCUCAUUAUUAGGAUCCUCGAUGUUGACCUUAAGUUCCUGGAUCAUCAUAGCUGUCGCACCCAGCGUCGGAUACAUUUACUUAGCGCGAUUCUUAGCCGGAUUAGCUGGAGACACAGCGUUCGUAGCUGCGCCCAUGUACAUAGCUGAGGUGGCCGAUCAGAAAAUUCGCGGGUUUCUUUCGAGCAUUAUUUACUUGAUGAUGCUCGCCGGGGUACUGCUGGUUUACUGCGUAGCCCCGUUUGUACCCAUAUGGGUACCUUGUGUCAUUGGUAUCUGCUUCAACGCGUUAACCCUCGCCACCUUUCCAUUCAUGCCCGAAUCCCCUUACUACCUCCUCUACAAGAACCAACCGGGGGCGGCCAAACUGGCCCUGCGCAAACUCCGACCUGACGGAAACCCGGAAUCGGAAAUCCAAGAGAUUUCCGCCGCUGUAGAGCGUCAAAAGAGCGAAAAGGGCCGCCCCCGCGACCUGAUUUCCGUCCCCAGUAACCUUAGAGCCCUCGUGAUCAUGGUGUGGUUGAACGGAUCUCAGCACAUGAGCGGCAUCUCCGUGAUGUUGAUGAACCUGCACUCGAUCCUGGAAGAAGCGGGGGCGGUACACAUCCGGUCAUCCACGGCCGCCAUCGUGUUCUCGGCCCUGAUGUUCGGUGCCGCCCUCACCGCCUCUUUGGCCAUCGACAACUUCGGGCGGCGGCUACUGUUGAUCACCUCGGGGGUGUUCGCCGGGGUGAGUUUAGGGGUGAUCGGUGGGUUUUUCGCCGUGAAGGGUGCGGGGUACGAGGUGGGGGCGGUGAGUUGGGUGGUGCCGGGGGCGGUGAUGUGCUACGCGGCCGCUUUUAAGUUCGGUUUAGGUUUGGUACCGAUCGUGCUCACCGCGGAGCUGUUUCCCGCUAAAUUGAAGGCGGUCGGAAUGACGAUAUCCGACGCUUGUUACGUGGGGUUUUCGGUGAUCAGUUUGCAGGUGUAUCAUCAGUUGAGGCGUCUGUUUGGGAUUCAGGUGCCGUUUUUUGUUUUCGCUUUUUGGUGCUUUUUGACGGUCGGGUUCGCGGUGUGGUACGUUCCGGAGACGAAAGGGAGGAGUCUGGAGGAGAUUCAGUUCAUUUUGAAGGGCGAGGGGGGUAGAAAGGGUGAGGGCCAGGGGGGGUGUAAGAAUGAAGCAUAUGCGGCCUGA